AAAGGGUUGGGGGGACAGAUGGCAUAGCUGCUUUCUAAGAGAAUGAGUAGGAGGUGACCUGGGUCUGACUGCCGCACUGACUGGGAGCUAGGACCAUGUGAUCCUGAGGAGUUUCUUCUGAACAAAAUUCUGGGUUGUGUUUAUCUUGCAGUUUAAAUCACUGGGAGCUUCGAGAGUUCUUUGGCUACUUCCCUUUCUGGAAUCAUUGUGUAAUAUAAUCAAGACAUUUACCUGGCUCUUUAAAUCAGUUGUGGGUAAAGAAUUCAUGAUGAUGGACAAUAAAAAGUUGUUUACAUACCUCAUUUCUGAAAAGUCAUGGGCCACUGGCAAGUUAAGAAACGAAAGUGAAAUCAGCUGAUAGUGACAUCAGUCAGAACAAAUGUACCAAAGUUCAGAGAGCUGUUUACUAGGCACGACAGCGAAUGUAAGGGGGCACCAGCUCAGGACUGCAUCUGCUGCCGUUUCGCUUCCACUCCUCCUUUCUGGAGUCGGACAUUAGAAAGCCAGGGAGAAGGAAGAUUCAAACAACCAACCCUGCUUUCCUGCUCCUCCUUUUCAUGAGUGCUCCUGUGGGCUCUGCACCUCCUUUCUGUCCCCCUGCAGAGGGCAGGAGAGAUGGCCAGCCCAAGGCCUCGGUGGGCUGACCUCCUGUUCGUGAGCAUCAUGGUCCUCACGGUUGUGGUCAUCUCCCUGAUGUUCUACGCUCUCCUCUGGAAGGCUGGCAACCUCACUGACCUGCCCAACCUGAGAAUUGGCUUCUACAACUUCUGCUUGUGGAAUGAGGACACCGGCACCCUACAGUGUCACCAGUUCCCUGAGCUGGAGGCCCUGGGGGUGCCUCGGGUUGGCCUGGCCCUGGCCAGGCUUGGUGUGUACGGGGCCCUGGUCCUCACCCUCUUUGUGCCCCUGCCUCUCCUCCUAGCCCGGUGCAACAGUGACGAGGGAGAGUGGCGGCUGGCAGUGGGCUUCCUGGGUGCAUCCUCCGUGCUACUGGCUGGCGGCCUGGGCCUCUUCCUCUCCUAUGUGUGGAAGUGGGUCAGGCUCUCCCUCCUGGGGCCUGGGUUUCUAGCUCUGGGCAGCGCCCAGGGCUUACUCAUCCUCUUGCUUAUGGCCACAGUUCUGUUCCCUCUGAGGGCUGAGAGGGCUAAGAGCGAGCUUGAGAGCUGCUAAAGGCUUAUGUGAUUGCAAGGAUUCAGUUCCAGCCAUGCUCAGAUGUGGCACAUCUUUUCAGCCAUCUCAUUUUAUAGCUAAUACUGAUCUCCAGCUCCAGCAGAUGGAACCCAUUGCAGAGGUGGGGCCCCCACAUCAAGGAGGCCAAGGGACACCAAGGGCAGCCGGAGCACCUGUGGCUUCUUAGUGUAGGGUUGUCUGUCCUUCAGGACUUCCAAGGCUUCCAAAGACUCCCUAAAACCAUGCAGCUCAUUGUCACAAUUCCUGCUUUAAUUAAUGGAUCUGAGCAAAUCUUCCUCUAGCUUCAGGAGGGAGUGAUUCCCAUCAUGGGGCCAGACGUCCAGGCUGAUUUGCAAAAUGCCAAAUGAAACCUAGCAAAGAUUUAUGGCAACAAAUGAGGACAUUUUUUAAAAAAGUGAGCACCUCAGUGUCCCUGGGGCCCUGAUCAGGGAGCUUCCACUGGGCCCACCAUGGUGAGUGGGCUGUCAUGAGCCACCACUGGGACUCCACGCCCACAGGCCCAGGAAUGAUCUCGGAGUGACUCGACAAAUACAGGACACAUGGGGCACAAAGAAAAGCCUUGGUUGCUUCAAAGCUUCCCUGGACCUGAAGCCAGAUAGAGCAGAUGCAUCUGCCGGCAAAUCACUCCCAUGAUGAGACCCAGGAGGACACCAAAUCAGUGUGAACAGGACUGGACGGUUGUACACAUACAAAUGCUGCCACCCUCCACUUUCCAACCAGGACCUGGAAAGGACAUUGGCACAACUUACACAUUGGGAAAUUUUGUGUAUUUUCCAGCACCUGUGUAUUGGAAAACCUGUAUGGCAAAUGAUUUACUCAUCUAUGCCUGUCCAAGGCCACACUGAAAACAGAGGCGGAAACAUGGACUCA